GCAGAAGGCGGCGCCCAGUUACCCGCCUAGCGUGGACGACGACGGCGCCGACGAUGGCGGCGACUUCUGCGACGGAGACGAGGACGGAGACGGAGACUUUGGCGGCCUGAGAGGGAUCAACAUGGCCGCCCUGGAGGGAGCGUGGUGCCCUCGCCACAUCUGACAGCACACCGCUCAGAGAGACUCAGACAGCAAAGGAUUGUGGGUAAAGGUAACCAGAGACACACAGGACAGAGAUGUGUCUUCUUCCUGCCCCCGGAGACAACAGACAACAACAGACAACAACAGACAAUAACAGACAACAACAACAACAAUAACAACAGGAGAAUUUUAGGAAAUGUUUCUUUGUUUUCUCGCUACGAUGUCAAACUGUUGCAUCGGCUCGGACAACAGGGACACACACA